AUGAACUUUGAGAAAGUCUUUUCCCCGUUAGCUAAUCACCUUGCGUUUCUGGCUGUCAAUAUAAAUGGACAUCUGCGGGCACUGCAUGUUCCAAGGAAACAUUAUAGACAAGAAGAAUUGGAAAUCUGGAGAAGUCUAAAUGCAGUGAACAUUGUUCAGCUGUUUGGAUCUGUUGCACAUGGAGAUUGCGUAAUAUUCUUCAUGCAACUGGUGAACGGUGGAACACUAAGUACACUGAUAACGAAAAAGGUUUGCCUUUCUCACAAAGUGGCCAUAAAGUACUUCAAAAUGGUUCUGGAUGCCCUAGACUAUUUGCACCGAUGCAGCAUCAUUCACAAUGAUGUCAAAGGUGACAACAUUCUUCUCUCUGACAAUGAACAGCGACUUUUGCUUUGUGACUUUACGUUUGCCAAAAAGCUACCACUGGGACAGCUCACACCCAAAGGAGAAGCUCCGGUAGGUACACAAACACAUAUGGCUCCAGAGGUAGCUCAGAGUGCUGGCCAUGACUGGAGAGCAGAUGUUUGGAGUGCGACCUGUACACUUCUACACAUGAUUAAUGGGAGGCAGCCUUGGCUAAAGAAGUUUGGUGACAUACCUGUUUUAUAUAAGGUGAUUGUGGAAGAAAGUCCACCAUAUUUUGAAAUCCCACCAUCGUGCCACAUUUUGGUUGAUAGUCUUAUUAAGAGGGGCCUAAUAGUGGACCAAUACAAGAGACCAUUUGCUGGAACCUUGCGAGAUGAAGCAGUUGAUACCUUGGCACAGAUUUCAGAUCUUCAAUUCAUAUUUGGGGAGAAGUAUGCUGAAGUAUCCUCUCCACCCUGCAGUGAAGAUAUGUUGAAGACAUCACAAAAUUCUUCUCAUACAACUCUCGAACCAUCCUUCACUUUAAAAUGUUUACCUGACCCAUUUCCAGGAUCUGACCACACUCCAAAAUGUGAGGACAAAAUCAUUGAAGGCCAAAUCCCAAAAAUUGUGGUUGAAAACUCUUGUGAAAUGCAGCAAAGUCCAAAAGGAGACGUAACGAAUACCAUAGAGAGGAACAAAAAGGAUGUUGAUUGUUCCAGGCCUCAUCAUUCUUGUAUUAAAGCUUCAACUUUGGAUAUGGGUCAGCAACCGUACCACAGAAAAGUCAGUCAUAUUUAUUCAUGUCCAACUUCAUUUCAGCAACCAAAGAGAAAUGAAGAUGAUGAGCAGAUUACAAAAGGUAGACUAAUGUUCAAAGUAGAUUUAACAACGUCCAAAUGAAAAUGCACAGCCUGCUGGUAAUUCUAAGGCCCAGCUUACAUCAUGCUGGUAAAGUCCACCCAGACAUAAACGUCCAAUUUACAGAAUCAUAAUAUGCUAAUUACAUUUGACAUCAUCGUGGUUCAACAGGAAUUCAAUAAAUUACUUGUGUGACAGUACGUUAAAUAAAUAAUGCAGUCUGUUUUGGAUAAAGAGCAAUUAUUCCAUCAUACUGCAAGUUAUUUACGUAAAUAAUUUUACUCUCGCAUACUAAAUCCUAAUACUGAUUAGUGGAGCUAAGUAUAUAUUUAUCUCACACAGAUUACAGAGAUAAAAUCUGGAAACUUUGCUAUGUUUUUAUUGGCACACUUACUUCAGAUUACAUUCAAAUACGUCAUUAUUUUGUGCACAUUUAAUGAAAAUACAUACAAUUUAAGGAGACAAUCAGCUUUCUGUCCUGAAAUCUGCUUGGAAACCUAAUAAAGUGAAUGUUGUCAUGUCCAACAAAACCCCACAGAAAAAAGAAGUAGAUUAAAUAUUUCAGAAAUGCUUACAUUUCCACACAGAAUCCUGAUUUCUGAAGCAUUGGCUGUACAUAUUCUCUGUU